AUGGCUAACUAGGAAGAUAUUACAUUAAAAAAGUUAGAAGAAAAUAUAUUAGUUAUUCAGCAAUAAAGGGAUGCCUUAUAAAAUGAAAUAUUUAAUGAAGAAAGAGAACUAAAUGAGAUGGAGAUGGAAUUAAUGAAUAUGCAAAAGGAAAGAGAUUAUUUAACAAAGCUUGUCAACGAAAAGUAGUAAGCAGUUGAUAAGUACGAUUAAAUGAUUGCUCAUUCAGAAUAAGCUUAUGAUAAACUUAAAAAUAAUACAGAGAAGCUUUAUACUACUUUAAACUCCGAGUUUUAAAAGUUUUAAAAGCAGUGA